CACGCGUUCACCAUUAGCUCCCAUUUCGCCCAUAGUUCCCAUUCUCUAUUGUGGCUAAAUACCAUCAAAAGUAACACUUAUGUCAGCGUCAUAAAAAAAGACUACACACAAUAUUUUAAAUGCCUCGAGAUUUGUAGGCGGGCCAGGAUGACAUAUUCAACAAGAAAAUAUGAUAAUGAGAUUAUGACUAUAAAAUGCCAUGUUGCAGUACACAGACACAUGUAAUUUAAUUCAUUGUUAAUGGUUAACAUUACUUUUAAGUUUCUAUUAAAAAAAACCCUCAAAUAUGUCACUUACGCAAUGCGUUUGUGUUAAAUGUUAACAGACUGGCCGUUGGAAACGCAAGUUUAGGGUCGUUCCAUAAACGUGAAUGCAACCUUACCUUGCAACCCGGGGAAAUCAAAUGAGCUCUCAUGCAACAGAAAGACAAAACUUAACGUGUGAUUUCUGAAUGAAGCUUGGUGGCCUGUGUGUUACCAGAAGAAAAGGCACUUCUGGGACUAAGAAUGGCCGGUUCCUUGGUGAUCCCAUAAUAAUUCUGGUCUCAUAUCUCAUGUACAGUAACUUUUGCUUGGACAUGAAGGAACAUGGGGAGCUACAGUGACUCCACCAGUGACCUAGACGAGGAGUUGCCUGUGUUUGACUUCCUCCAGCCGGGUCGACGCCUCAGCCAAGCCGACCAGAGCCACACAGAGAAACCAGACCUGGUCUCCCCAGCAAAGGGCAACGCGGGCACAUGUACAGGAACGGCUGAUGUAAUGAUGAUCAGCAGCGAAUCUGAUGACGAUGCACCGUAUGUCCCUCUGGCACAGAGACUCAAACAGAGACAAGACAAUACGAUUAGUGCCUCCUCCGCUGUCACUAAUGGGAAAGAUGCUGAGCAGUAUUCACCAUCCAAUCUGGCCACUUCACAGCAAUCUUGCCAGAAUGGGUAUUCAGAGUCAGAGCGUCCGCUCAGCUUCCAUCAGGUGAGAACAGUGAGCCACGGGGUCUCACGUGGCUCAGAGGAGGUGGCGGCGGCUCUCCCUCAGCGAUCUCUGAAGCCUCUCUCCGGUGCAGGAAGCACCGACACCUCUCCUGCCAAGAAGAAACCUGCCAAGCGGACGGCGGAGGAGAGCCAGGCCUCCAGGGAGGAGGUUCUGUGGAGGAGGCAGGCCAGGGAGAGACAGCAGAGGGGCAAGGAGGCAGUGAGGCAGGAACAAGAGAGACAGAAAGCAGAGAGGAAAGCUCUGGCAGAGGCUGCCAAGGCCCUUAGGCCAGAGGAGUGUAUCAAGCACAUGGUGGUGGCUGUGGACCCAGCUCUCUUACAGCUGGAAGGAGGCGGGACUCUGCUGGCGUCGGUGCAGGCUCUGGGUUGUAGCUGUGCCAUAGAGAAACAGCCCCUCUCACGCAGUGUCAGCUGGAUGAGGAGGGCUCCCUGUGCACAGCCAGAUGAUGGAGUGUGUGUUCCAGAGGCCCAUGUUGUGAUGCAGAUGACAGUUGAUGAUGUCAUCACUCUGAUCCACAGCUACAUCCAGGAAGUGAGGCAUGGUAGGCCUGGCUCUGGUCCCACUCUGACGUCCUGGGUGCAGGAGCAGCAGAGGCGUCACCCCAGCAAGAUCCUCAGCCUGGUGGUCAUCGACCUGGAGAAAUACUUCAGAUCCCAGAAGUCACAAUGCCAGAAGAGGUUUCGAGAGGCAGUGGCGGGUGAGGAGCAAGCGGGAGGAAAAGUGAAGAAGAGAAGGAAGAACGGUGGAGCUGAGGCGCUACCUGAGGUGUCACGAGUUGAAGUAGAGGAGGCAGUGGUGCACCUCCAGCUUCACACUGGUGUCUCGGUGUGCUUCUUGUCGACCUGGAAGGACUUCUCAGAUCACAUCGCCAUGACAACCAGAGCAGUUGCAGAAGCCCCUUUCAAGCGAGAGCGGGAGAAGACAGGCUUCUCUUUCUACCUGGAGAGUGAGUGGGCGGGGGGGCAGCGGGUGGAUAAAGCUGGGAAGGGGCUGCUGCAGGUGUGGAGGAGACAGAUCCAGCAGUUGAACAGAGUCAGUCCAGACAUGGCCUCAACCAUCCUGGCAGCUUAUCCUUCCCCACAGCUGCUCAUGAAGGUACACCCCCUGCUUACACAGAGCCGCCCAGUUUCACUGUCUCUGCACCUGUCACAGUUUUACCACAGCGCUUACAAUCUGUGCAAGACUGACCGCGAGAAGAUCUCCCUCUUGUCUGACCUUCAGAUCCGCAGAGGUGAAGGCGUCACGUCCACGACUCGACGGCUCGGUCCGGAGCUUUCCAAGCGCCUCUUCCUCAUGAUGACCUCCUGUGAUCCCGAGCACACUCUGGACUCCACCGCCUGACCUUUGACAUCUGAUUGUUUCUAAUCUUGUGGAUUGUGGCAGUUUCUGUUCACAACAUUGAAUUUGAUACUAUAUAGUUAGAAUUCUGUUUUUAUGUUAAUGUAUAUAUUAAAGUUUUAUGAAAGUGCCAUUUUUUUAAGAUUACUAUCAUUAAGUAAUUAUUUCUAAGAAAUGUCAUUUACAAUUAUUAAAUGGAAAUUCUCACAUUUUU